CAUAUACUCGGACACCACUUACACUUAUUGCUGCUCCAAAUCGCUUUUUUCACACCAUGCGUUCCUUUGCGCACACCUGUCUUCUCGUCAUCUACACUGGUAUUUCACUCCUUCAUGGGCUUCCACUCCCGCAAUACAUGCCACAAGGUAUGGGUGCCUACAACAACAAUUGCGGCAUGGGAGGAUACCCGCAGAUGGGUGGGUAUCCAAUGAACAACGGAGGCAUGAAUGGUCCGAUGGGCGGACCAAUGGGCGGGCCGAUGGGUGGGCCGAUGGGCAACCAGUAUGGCGGACCGAUGUAUAUGCCAGGAGGCGAGGAGGGUGGGCGCAACUACAACCGCCAUUACAUGCGUGGUCAGCGGUAUCAUGCGCACGCUGACGUCGACGAAUGGCCAAUGGCUCGCAACCCGUAUGGCAACGCCCGGUUUGGUCGCCAUGGUAGCCACGCAAUGCCCAAUGAGGGCGGCGAUAUGAUGGGCGGGCCGAUGAUGGGGCCGAUGGGCCACAACCGCAUUCCCAUGGGCGCAGGUAUGGGCAGCGGAAUCGCUGGAAGAGGGUUCGGAGGUGACUUUGAUAAUGGUGGUGGUAACGACGACGACGACGACAACGAUGAUGCUUCCAGCUCGCCAACCAAGGACAGCAGCAGCGAAGAGAGGCAGUCGGAGCUGCUUAAGGAGCUAUCAGCAAUGACAGAUACCAAUACAAGCCUGGAUCUGGCAUCGCUUGGCGACAAGAUUCUCAACAUUAAUGCGCUGGCUGGAUCGUCGUCAGCCUCGGCUAAAUCCACAGCAUCUGCAGCUUCGAGCUCGCCAACACCGACUGUUGCAUCGAGCCACAGCUCUGUGAUGAAGUCUACUGCUGUCAAGCCCUCCUUGCUCAAGGCUACUUCUGCAAAGCCUGCCUCAAAGCCUGCUCCAAAGCCUACGGCAAAGUCGUCCUCCAGCGACAAGGUUUUGUCUGCCAAGGCAACACCAACCAAGGCGCACGCAUCUUCGGCCAAGGUACUAUCGGCCAAGGCCACUCCGACAAAGAAGGAUGUUUCAGUGACCGGCAAGGCUUUGUCGGCUAAGCCCACUGCUACUAAGAAGACUGUCUCAUCAGUCAAGCCAUCGACCGCGGUUGGUAAGAUUCUUUCUGUCCAACUUGCGCACACAACCCACCUCUCAACCCACGCAGCAACCCCGACCGCUAAGCCUAUGCCUGGCAAACUAUUGUCUGCCAAAGCAGCUCCACACGCCAAGAUCCUGUCUGCUAAACCCACAUCGGUGGUGAGCCAUGCCAAGCCCAAACCUACGCCUGCUACUAGCCAUAGUGCAGGAAAGGUAUUCUCUGCCAAGCCUGCGGCUCCCGGAAAGGUGUUGUCGGCACAAGCAAUUCCUAGGCCUACGCCAAUGACUGAUGCCAAAAGCCAGCUGCCUACUGCAAGUAAGAACAUCAACUCCCUGUCCACGCACUUGCCGCCAGCAAGGAGCAUCUCGGAGAGGACGCGCGGUGGCAAGAUUAUUAUUGAGCCGACUGUUGUGAUGCCAGGUCAUUCGCCAGCUGCGCGCAAAGCCCACGGGAUGUAAUAACCAUUCCAUGUCUGCAGCACCUUGCGCCAGAUCCACUGAGCGUGAUUAGUCUCACUACCUCCCACUACACAUUUUCUCAUACAUCGCACGGCACCAAUAUUACACGCUGUUUUAUGUUUCAAGCUUAGUUAACGAGUUCUAGCUACUAGAUAAGGCGGUUUUACUAAAUAGACAUUUAUACCAGGG